AUGCAUGACCCUUUCACUGUUGACUACAACCCCACAGAACAACUCACACAACAGCAAGACAAUGAUGGUGACCAUGAGAUGCUAGAUGUGCUUCCUUGUCUGGAUUUCUCUGGCCCACCUCAUCCAGUGUUGGUCCUGGAUGUGGUGCAUAACUUAAACAAAGGUAUUGACAACAUCAAUCUUGAUACACCUAGCCCACUCUCCAGCAUUGUCAACAAACAGACAUCAUGCACUCAAGAUCACACUGAGGACACUGACAAUGCUACACAGAUCAUGACAGAUGCCCAGCUACCUGCCAAACUUGAUACCUAUGAAAGCCAGCAUUGUAGUGUGUGUCCCAAACAUGUGCCCACUCCCUGUGCUACUCCAACAUCUUCUUGUGAUCCUUCCAAGUGUCCUCAUACCUCAUUGUUUCAUUCAUACACCCCCACUCAUUUCAUGAUGGACCCUAACUCUGACCUUGCUUAUAUGUCCAAUGAAGACUUUGAUUUGGAUGAUGAUAUUGAUAUUUAUACUGCAGCUCCCUGUCCAUUUGAUCUUGAUGACAUCCCUGUUGUGCAGGAGGUCAAUGAUGAUAAAGCUGUUCCUCAAGAUGCCAUAUUUGAUGGGUUGUUCUUGCACCAGGAAGGUACUCCUGGCAAUGGUCCCACCUAG